AUGCCUGUAAUAAAUGGAACACAUGUUAUUUCUAUGAAAAAUUAUACUUUAGUUAGUGAUGCAUAUGGUGAAAAGGGAGUAAAGAAAGUUUAUGAAGAUGAAUAUUUGAUAUGUGAAAAUUUAAAAAGUUUUAAUAAAAACUUACAUCCUAAUUUCAACUUUGCUUGUUUUUGUUUAUUUGAUGGGCAUAAUGGGAAAAAUACAGCCAUGUUUUUAAAAAGAAAUUUGGCACAAGAGUUAUCAAAUAGUUUCUUAGAAAUGCAGAAUACAUAUGAUUCAUCUCUUCCCAUACCUGAUCAUUUUAUAAAAAUAAGUGUUAAUAAUACAUGUAAAAGGAUUGACGAAAGGAUAGCCCAAGAAUAUCCAAAUAGCCGAGACGGUGCCACAUGUGUGAUAGUUUUAAUAAAGGAUGAAUAUGCUUAUAUAAUAAACAUAGGAGAUUCGUGUGCAUAUUUGUGUCGAUAUUUAAAUAAUUCUAAUCAGGCCAUUGAGUUAGUAGAUAUUCAUAAACCUUGGGUUAUAACAGAAAAGGAAAGAAUAAUAAAACAUGGAGGUACUAUUGAAAAUGGAAGAGUGAACGAUAUAAUCGAUGUCACAAGAUCUUUUGGAGACUUAUCAUUAAAGAAAUAUGGCUUAUUGUGCACGGGGACAUUUAAAAAGUUUAAAAUAAAUUCUGACGAUAAUUUUAUAAUUCUAGGAACAGAUGGAUUUUUUGGUUCUGUUGAUAUCAAUUAUGUGAUAAAUGAAAUAACAAAUUUGUCUAAAAAGGAAGAACGAUUGGUAAACGUUGAAAAAAAAAAGACAGUAUUCGAUGCUAAGAGUAUUUGCAAUAUUAUGGUGGAACAUGCUAUUGUUGAUAAAAAAUCUCAAGAUAAUGUAACGGUUGUUUUAAUCAAAUUUCUGCACAAAUAA